GCAGCGCCAGCAAAGAUGGUGAAGCGUCUGGAAAGAAUGUUGGACAAGGUUCACAAGCCGGAGGGAGCUGACGUUGUCCCAUGUACAAAGGUCGACAUCGGCAGCGGUGUGCUGGUGGAGAGUACCGUACUUGCCAGGCUAGGGGCAAGCUGCAAAAGCGGCGUAGGAAAAUAUGUUCGGGCACUGCUCCGCCACGUGUUUCAAGACGACGAACUGCGGGGCAAGUCCCUGUAUGGGAUGAAAUGUAACGCGAAGAAAAACACUCCACCGAAAGAGGCCAUUGACCCUGUCCGCCUGAACGCCGUCAUUGAUUACACGUGCAAGAUUUUCCCUGGAACGCAGACGUCUUACCUGAAGAAUAGCUUGUCAUCACUACUGGCACGAGAAAUAAAAUAAGUACUGUUGCGUUUUCAUGAUCUUCACUA